AUGGAUGAUGACAGAAAAGAAUUUGGAGAAGUAUCAGUCAGGAAGGUUGUGGAAAAACUGAACCAGCGUGCACCGAAGAAUCUGGACAAAUUAAACCUGGAUCCAGUUAAUCAUUAUAUUGGUGCUUUGGGUCCAACUCACUCAUUGAUGGAUAAAAUAACGUUUGAGAGUGAAAAACUCAAAGGAAGCCAGAGUGAGUCAUCUUCUAGAAGAAAUAGUGAUGAUGGGGGACGAGCUAAGAGGGAAAGACUACGGGAAGAUGGUACUAGUUCCGAACCGCCAACAGCGAGUGUAACUCACAAUACUUGGGAAGACCUCACCAGCUCGACUUCUACCACCAGGACUGAGUUGAGCAUCUCUGAUGGCGCUGAUGAGCAGGUGAGAACUCGUCGAAGAAGUCAGGAAUCAGCUCUCCCCAAUACUCCACUGCAGCGUCCCGCGUGGAGAUCAGCUGAUAGCUUAGCACCAGAUUCUGCCUUCGGAACAUCACUAGCAGAUAUUAUGGAGAGCCCGAACAACAAGAGCCCGUUCGUGGAAUCAACAGGAAAUCAGAUAUAUCUUCGCGAUGAUAUUAUAUCUCGGGAUAGUUCAGAGGAAAGGCGGGCUAAACUCAACUGGAAGUUAGUAAGAAAUGUCACUUCCGCCGCUGGAGCCUUCAAUAAGAAUGCUCUGCCCGGAUCAGCGAUACCAAGUUUCCAAUCAAAACCUGGAAGUAAUCAUUCUAAUUAUAACAAACAGAAAAGAAAAGAAUCGAUGGGAAAUACAAAGAAUGAAAAAGUUGAAGAUAUUGGCGAAAUCAGCCCUGAGGGUCUAGACCCGGAUUCCCUAAUGUUCCGUGACGGGAGGCGUCGUAUUGACAUGGUGCUGGCCUACGAGGAGGAGGACUACGGAGUUAUGACGGAGGCUGAGGCGAGGAGGAGAGAGUGCAGGAGGACUUUCCAGGAGAAUUUAGUGAAGGAAGGCUUGGAAUUGGAGCUUGAGAAUAAAUGCCUUUCCUUUGAUGGUAAAACUUGGUUUCUGAAGAUUCACAUACCUUGGAAGACAGAAAUGAGAUUGGCAGAAGUCAUCGGCAUGAAGUUCCCAACUAAAAGAUUCAUUACAAUAUCUGUUAGAGCCUGGGGAAACGAAGUCCAAGCGCAGAGAGAAAAACGUUGGCACACAAAAUGGAGGAGAAAAUGGAAGGAGUUAUAUGAAUAUGAACCAACCAGAAUAGAACCUGAACCCUCCUUCUACAGCGCUACGGACAAACCAGGAGUCAGGAGGGAGGAACAAUUCCUAGUAAAAGACAGACACACAAUGUUUUCUCCGGCGCAACGCAGUCUCAUGGUGAUGCAGAUUCUGUUGAGAGCAAAAUACGAUAAUAAUGAUACUAAGAUGGGUAUCCGUCGCCUGUUGAACGACGGUACAUACCUGGCGUGCUUCCCGCUGCACGAGGGCCGCUACGACCAGGACAACGACGACAAGACACAGACGGACAGACGGCUUUUAUAUCUAGAAUGGGCUCGUCCUUGCAAGUGGUACAAAAAACAGCCUUUGUGGCUCGUCAGAAGAUAUUUUGGAGAAAAGAUAGCUUUAUACUUUUGUUGGCUUGGAUUUUACACGAAAAUGUUAUACGCGCCCGCCAUCGUGGGCACACUCUGCUUCUUGUACGGACUAGCGAGCAUGAACUCACAAGAUAACAUACCUAGUAAGGAAAUAUGCGACGCCUCCGGACCUGGCAACACCACGUUGUGUCCUCUGUGCGACAAGGCCUGUCAGUAUCAACUUCUAUCAGACUCUUGUUUAUUCGCCAAGCUGACAUACUUGUUCGACAACCCGGCGACCGUGUUCUUCGCUAUAUUCAUGUCUUUCUGGGCUACAACAUUCCUUGAACUUUGGAAACGAAAACAGUCGGUGUUAAGAUGGGAGUGGGAUCUAGGAGGAGUUGACCAAGACGAGGACCCUCGCCCCGAAUUCGAAACGUCAGUCAAAACUUUCCGCACCAACCCCGUGACGAGGGAGAAGGAGCCUUACUUACCGACUUGGCAGAAAACAAUGAGAUAUGUAGCGACCAGCUCGGCUGUACUGUUUAUGAUAACCAUAGUAAUGGGCGCAGUAUUAGGCACUAUAAUCUAUAGGAUCUCUAUGGUGUCAGUAAUCUACGGCGGCAGCGGGUUCUUCUUAAAGAAACACGCAAAAAUCUUCACCGCCAUGACGGCCGCCUUGAUAAACUUAACGAUGAUCAUGAUUCUGACGCGUAUUUACGCCAAAGUCGCCGUUUAUUUAACGAACGUCGAAAACCCGAGGACUCAGACCGAGUACGAAGAUUCCUACACCUUCAAGAUAUUCUUCUUUGAAUUCAUUAAUUUCUAUUCAUCGCUCAUAUACAUAGCUUUUUUUAAGGGUCGUUUCUUCGACUACCCUGGCGACGACCAAGCCAGGAAAUCUGAGUUUUUCAAGUUGAAGGGCGACAUCUGUGACCCGGCCGGCUGUCUGUCUGAACUAUGCAUACAACUGGCAAUCAUUAUGAUCGGGAAGCAGUGCUUCAAUAACUUCGUUGAACUUGGAUAUCCUAAGUUACACAACUGGUGGCGUCUUCGGUCCCAUCGCGCGGUGACCCGCGACCCGACGCGCGCGCACAUGGCCUGGGAACAAGACUAUCACUUACAAGACCCGGGGAGACUCGCGCUGUUUGAUGAAUAUCUGGAGAUGAUUCUCCAAUACGGUUUCGUGACUCUGUUCGUGGCUGCCUUCCCCUUGGCGCCGUUGUUCGCGUUACUCAACAAUGUAGCCGAAAUACGUUUAGACGCUUACAAGAUGGUGACGCAGGCAAGGAGGCCGCUCGCCGAGAGGGUCGAGGACAUAGGAGCUUGGUACGGCAUCUUAAGAGGUAUCACGUACGCAGCGGUGGUGUCCAAUGCGUUCGUGAUAGCGUACACGAGCGACUUCAUCCCCCGCAUGGUCUACAAGUACGUUUAUUCUCCUAACAAGACCCUGACCGGGUACAUAGACCACUCUCUGUCGUUGUUCAACACAUCCGACUAUCGAGCUGACUGGGGCGCGGACAGCGAGACCGAUCCGCCGGUGUGCUCUUAUAGGGGUUACCGCAACCCGCCGACACACAGCGACCCCUACGGACUAUCGCCGCACUACUGGCAUGUGUUCGCGGCUAGGCUGGCCUUUGUCGUGGUCUUUGAGCACGUGGUUUUCGGUCUGACGGGUUUGAUGCAACUCUUCAUACCGGACGUGCCGACCGAGCUCCGGAUACAGAUACAGAGAGAGGCGCUGCUGGCCAAGGAGGCCAAGUACGAACACGGACGGAGGAGGCUGUCUACGGAGUACAGGCAGCUGCUGACACACACGGACGACGGUGAGACACACACACACACGGAUAGACAGACACACACACACACGGGCGGACGACGAGCGGGCCUCGGGGCCUUACCAGCGUCGGACCUCGCGGGCUUCAGACGGCCUGGACGCGCACGUAGCCGUCACACAAAGACCUGCCUCACCGAAAAUAACACACUGAUAACACGAUAA